UGAUGAUCAUCAUGCCUGUCUUAAUCAUCUAAUUAUGCUUACUAAGCUUUUUCACCUCUUACCUAUUUCAGAUUCAUAAUCAUCUUUUUUACCCCACAAACGAUUCUUUCAAUGGCCUCUUCCAUUGGUAGUUAUGUAUUUGUUUCAUUAACAUACUUAAUUUGUUUCCAUCAAUUAAUUUCAAUUGUUUCUUCUUGUGCACUGAGAAAAUUUAAUCGCAACAGUUAUGUUUGUGUCUGUGAUGAAUCUUAUUGUGACUCUCUGAUUGAAAUUGAAUCACCUCCGUCAGGUUAUAUUCACAUGUAUGAAACUAGUAAAGAUGGUUUAAGAUUUCAUAAAAGUUCAAUUCGUUUAGUAGAUCCUGAAUCAAUUAGUGCCAUCAACGAGUCUCCAAUUUUGUUUGGAUCCAUUUCAACAAUUACAAUUACUCUUAACCCAUUGCAAAAAUAUCAAUCAAUAGAAGGUUUCGGUGGUGCCAUAACUGACGCAGCUGGUAUCAAUAUACACAGUUUAUCCAAUCGAAUGGGCGAAUCAGUGAUUCGUGAUUGUUUCGGACCAGAUGGAUUGGAAUACAGUUUGGCAAGAAUACCCAUUGGAUCGACGGAAAGCUCCACCAGAGACUAUUCAUUGGCUGAGAAUCCUUCUAAUCAACUCGAUGAUUUUGAUUUGGCUGAUGAAGACAUUUGGUAUAAGAUCCCAGUGAUUGACAAGGCAAAGACAUUGAAGCCGAAUCUUAAAUUGAUCGCUUCACCAUGGAAUGCACCAACUUGGAUGGUCGAUCUAAGGAAAGGUCGACCUGACAAAGCUCCACUCAAAGCAGAUUCAAACGGUCGUUAUUAUAAAUUAUGGGCUUUAUACAUUGUAAAGUUUUUGCAGGCCUACAAAUCUCAUGGAAUUGAUUUUUGGGCUUUAACAUCUGGAAACAAACCAUUCUCUUCAUUCAAUGCUAACGGUCCAAAUGGCAUUCCCAUGUAUCCAUAUCAACUGAAGUCAUUUAUUGAAUCCGAUUUGGGUCCAUUACUCAAUCAGUCUGGCUUUAAUCGAGAUACAUUAAAGUUGCUAAUUUUAGAUGAUUCAAUUUCCCUUACAAACUAUUUCUGGAUUCCUUUAACAAUUGAUGAUCCAUUGACAAGACGUUUCGUUUCUGGGUUUGCCUUUCAUUGGUAUAAAAAUGAUGCCACCACUCGAUAUAUUUUGGACUAUCUUCACUUUAAAUAUCCUCACCAAUUAAUGUUAUCAACAGAAGCUGCUGAAGGGUAUCGACCUGGUGAAGAAAGAGUUUCUCUGGGAGAUUGGAAAAGAGCGGAAAAUUAUGGUUUAGAUAUAAUUAGAGACAUUAAUCAUUGGGCCAAUGGUUGGAUUGAGUCAAAUAUUGCUUUGGACAUGAUUGGAGGCCCAAGUAAAUCAAGACGAUUCCAAGAUUCACCGAUAAUCAUUAACGCGCUUCACAAUGAAUAUUAUAAACAACCAACCUUUUAUUUACUGGCGCACUUCACUAAAUUUUUGGGUCCAAAAUCAGUAAGAAUUGGACAUACGACUGAUACUUCAAAUGAAAAUGUUCACAUUCUCACAAUGAUCAACCAUGAAGGGUUAUUAGUUGUAAUUGUUUUAAACACAAGUGAAAAUCAAGUCGAACUUCGCAUUAAAGGGUUUGAUGGGGGAAUGGUUUGGCAAACAAUCAGCGCCAAGACAAUUCAAACAUACAUUGGUCAAGCUCCAAUCAAAUCAUGAUUCUGUCCAAAAAGCGAGACAAGAGUCUGUAUACAAUUAUCAAACCCAUAUUGACUAACAAAUUGUGAUGUUACAAAGCUGUAAUAAAGUUUGCUAUUACAACAUUAAGUGUUGAUGUAAGCUGAUUCCCCUGUAAAUUCACCCACGAAUUGAAAAUAAAGUCAUUGAUCAAUCAUGAUAUCAUUUAUAAAAUUGUAAUCACUGAGCGAUCUGUAAUACAA